GCUGGAGGAGAACACAUUGAUUUGGAGCUUUUGAAGCUAACUAGUCUUUUUCUCUGCAUAGUUAAAUAUAUAUAUAUACUUAUUUUUAAUACAGUGUUUUCUUCUUUUUCAUUUGCAUCUCCCGUCCGGGUCUUCUCCAGCCUGCGCGCCUUCCAGCCUCACUUUUCACUCCCGAAGAAAAAUGACAGGAGGCUGUGUCUCCCAAUGGAAGGCGGCCGCUGGGCUCCUCUUCUGUGUCAUGGUUUUUGCAUCUGCCGAAAGACCAGUCUUCACGAAUCAUUUUCUCGUGGAGUUGCAUAAAGGGGGAGAGGAAGAAGCUCGUCAAGUUGCAGCAGAGCACGGCUUUGGAGUCCGAAAGCUCCCCUUCACUGAUGGCCUGUAUCACUUUUACCACAAUGGCCUUGCCAAGGCUAAGAGGAGACGCAGCCUCCACCACAAGCAACAACUGGAGAGAGACCCCAGGGUUAAGAUGGCCUUGCAACAGGAAGGAUUUGACCGGAAGAAGCGAGGGUAUAGAGACAUCAAUGAGAUUGACAUCAAUAUGAAUGAUCCUCUUUUUACGAAACAGUGGUAUCUGAUAAACACUGGGCAAGCUGAUGGAACUCCUGGUCUUGACUUGAAUGUGGCAGAAGCUUGGGAACUGGGCUACACGGGGAAAGGUGUCACUAUUGGAAUCAUGGAUGAUGGGAUUGAUUACCUCCAUCCAGACCUGGCCUCCAACUAUAAUGCCAAAGCAAGUUACGACUUCAGCAGCAACGAUCCGUAUCCAUACCCUCGGUACACAGAUGACUGGUUUAACAGCCAUGGGACCCGAUGUGCAGGGGAAGUGUCUGCUGCAGCCAACAACAACAUCUGUGGGGUCGGGGUGGCAUACAACUCCAAGGUUGCAGGUAUCCGGAUGCUGGACCAGCCCUUUAUGACAGACAUCAUUGAGGCCUCCUCCAUCAGCCACAUGCCACAGCUGAUCGACAUCUACAGUGCCAGCUGGGGCCCCACAGACAAUGGAAAGACUGUGGAUGGGCCCCGGGAGCUCACUCUGCAAGCGAUGGCCGACGGUGUGAACAAGGGUCGAGGGGGCAAAGGCAGCAUCUACGUGUGGGCCUCUGGAGAUGGUGGCAGCUAUGAUGACUGUAACUGUGAUGGCUAUGCCUCCAGCAUGUGGACCAUCUCUAUCAACUCAGCCAUCAAUGACGGCAGAACAGCCCUUUAUGAUGAGAGCUGCUCCUCCACUCUGGCUUCCACCUUCAGCAACGGGAGGAAACGAAACCCCGAGGCUGGCGUGGCAACCACAGAUUUGUACGGCAACUGCACUCUGAGGCAUUCCGGGACGUCUGCAGCUGCUCCUGAGGCAGCUGGUGUGUUCGCACUGGCUUUAGAGGCUAACCUGGCUCUGACCUGGCGGGACAUGCAGCAUCUGACAGUGCUCACCUCCAAACGGAACCAGCUCCACGAUGAGGUCCACCAGUGGCGGCGGAACGGGGUUGGCCUGGAGUUUAAUCACCUCUUCGGCUAUGGGGUCCUCGAUGCAGGCUCCAUGGUGAAAAUGGCUAAAGACUGGAAAACCGUGCCGGAGCGAUUUCACUGCGUGGGUGGCUCCCUGCAGGACCCUGGGAAAAUACCAUCCACUGGCAAAUUGGUGCUGACCCUCACAACCGAUGCUUGUGAAGGGAAGGACAAUUUCGUCCGCUACCUUGAGCACGUUCAAGCCGUCAUCACAGUCAACGCCAGCAGGAGAGGAGAUUUAAACAUUAACAUGACUUCCCCAAUGGGCACCAAGUCUAUUUUGCUAAGCCGGCGCCCAAGGGAUGACGACUCCAAAGUGGGCUUUGACAAGUGGCCCUUCAUGACGACACACACCUGGGGAGAAGACGCCCGAGGGACUUGGACCCUUGAGCUGGGAUUUGUCGGCAGUGCACCCCAGAGGGGGCUGCUGAAGGAGUGGACCCUGAUGCUCCAUGGUACCCAGAGUGCCCCUUACAUUGACCAGGUUGUGAGAGAUUAUCAGUCCAAGCUAGCCAUGUCCAAGAAGGAAGAGCUCGAGGAGGAGCUGGAUGAAGCUGUAGAGAGAAGCCUCAAAAGCAUCCUGAGCAAGAACUAGUGCUGCCGCCUCUGCAUCACCUCUCUCCUCCCCUCUCCAGCACCCUCCCAGCUCCACUCUUCUAUUAGGGCACCCAGCAAUGACUGUCUUCAUUGAUUGUCUUCUUGCUCGGAUGCUUCGCUCACUGUCAAUGAUUCCUUUCUUGUGACAGAAGCAAUCUUUUUUUACUCUAUGCCACAAAUAUAUAGUGUUUCCAUCCCAAC